AUGUGGCUUCUAAGCACGAAGACAGGGAGGCUCACGUACUACUCAUCUGUGCACAAGGCCCCCAAGUACGCUAUCCUUUCACACGUCUGGCGACUUCCCGAAGAAGGCGGGGAGGACUCAUUCCAACUCGUCGAAGCGUAUGCGAAAAAAUGCGACCGCAAACAUCUCAUCAACCGUGGCACCGCUACGCCUCGCGAUUUCCUCAGUGACAAAGUCCGCCGGUUUCUUAUCGGGGCAGCAGAAGCGGGCUUGGACUUUGCCUGGUGCGACACGUGUUGCAUCGACAAGACGAGCAGCGCGGAGCUCUCCGAGGCGAUCAACUCCAUGUUCGAGUACUACGCCCGGGCGCACGUUUGUGUUGCCUAUCUCGCUGACGUUGCGCCCGUCAAGGGUCGAGAAUACUACGGCGACCAGAUCAUCGAUUCUAGCUCGGCCCGCAUCCCUUCCAGCAAGUGGUUCCACCGCGGAUGGACACUCCAGGAGUUGCUCGCGCCUCAGGUCGUCGUAUUUCUCGCCAGUGAUUGGUCCAGAAUCGGGACGAAGUGCGACCUAGCGGAGUUCCGCUUUAUGACUAGUGUUCUUCCUGCCUCCAUUCUUCGCUGCGAACAGGACCUCUCGGACAUAAGCGUCUCUGUACGCUUGUCGUGGGCUUCGCAGAGACAGACAACGCGCUGGGAGGACCAGGCAUACUGUCUUUUUGGGCUCUUUGGAAUUAACAUGCCGACGCUCUAUGGCGAAGGCGGCAAUGCGUUCUACCGCCUCCAGGAAGAGAUUCUGAGGACACACCCUGAUUUUUCUUUAUUCGCAUGGGACUAUGAAAGGGAAAAACCCAGUACUGAAUACAACAAAGUAUGUACUACUACCACUGGUGCAAUCGUCGUGUUGACACCCUCUUUAGCAAUCUAG